UAAGGGACCAGCUCAAACUAGUUGGGGGAAAAAACAAAGCUUGCCUGCCUCCCUGCUUCAACACAGUCAGCUCUCACACGCACAGCGCGCAUUGACGAGUCGGUGACGGGGCACUAAAGUCAAAAUGCGGCACUUCCUGCUAGUCACCCUGCUGAUGGCCAUCGUCAUGGCAGCAGAGGCAUCAAAAAAGAAAGAGAGGGGCAAUAAGGAGGCGAAGGCUGGAGCCGAGUGUGCAGAGUGGAAGUACGGCAGAUGUGUGCCCACCUCCGGGGACUGUGGAGCAGGCAUGCGCGAGGCCACCUGUAACGAGCAGACCAAGAAGCACAAGUGCAAAGUGCCCUGCAACUGGAAGAAGGAGUUUGGAGCUGACUGCAAGUACAAGUUUGGGCGGUGGCAAGAGUGUGACACCUCCACUGGCACCAAGAGCCGGUCGGGCACGCUGAAGAAGGCCCUGUUCAACGCCGACUGCCAGGCCACCAUCAAGGUGUCCAAGCCCUGCAGCCCAAAGACCAAGACCAAGCCGGCCAAGAAGGGCCGCGGGGGCAAGGAGAACUAACGCGCCAAGAAAGGGAGGGCUCUGAUUGGUUGGCACUGCUGGGGUAACAGCAGCGGCUGAUCAGUCACGUCUACAGUAUGAAGUGGCACAAUCCUCUCCUACCUUUAAAAAAAAAAGACCUGACAGACCUGGUGUCAAAAGCAUUCCAUGUUCCUUUCGAGGGAAAAAAAAGAUUUGUUUUUGUUUUUUUGUUUUGUUUUGUUUUGUUUGCUUUUUUAAUUGGAAGGGUAAACCUGUGGGAUUUUUUUCCUCAGAAUUUGAGUAGACAUGCGCAUAUGUAAAUGAAUCUCAGAGCUAUGAUAUAGAAUUGGCCAUAUUUGUAUGGAGUAACACCUGUAGGAUUUCUCUGAAAGUAGUUAAAAAUUUUACUGUACAUCUGAAAGGUUUCCACAGUACAUUGUAUGCGUCUCUGUAAUUAAAAUUGAGAUAUCGUAGGCUUAACAUUUUUAGGAAACACUGAUGGAUAUUUUUCUCAAUUUAUAAAUAAUUUACUUUUUUAAAAAUGAAAAAUGAAGACAAUUGAACAUAUUUGUAGCAACAAGUAGCACCAGUCUAUGGACACAUUUGCAAUUGAAGGUAAGGUUGGUUGAAACCUUACUCAGACACACACAAGAGUUAGUGCUGUGGCCCGAUGAAUAAAAGAGGGGUAAUAAAUUGUAUUUUCUCUGG